CUUUACUACUUAAUCAAAUAAGUAAAAAAUCUGAGUUAGUAUUUGCACAACUUAAAACUUUAGAAUUAAUUCGUGAAGAAGCAAAAAACAAUUUAAAGUUAAAAAAUGAAUUAUUUGUAUCAAUUAAAAAUAUUCAAAACAUGUUAAAUGAAAG